AUGAGUUAAGUCAUGUUAUGGAAAUGAAUAGAUUAACCAUUUCACUAAUAUCUACAUCGAAAGAAAGAUAACUCCUCAAUAUGAGGUUCUCGUAAUUUUUCGCACGGCCCCUUUUGGGGUCAUUAUAUUACGCAUGCGCAGUAGUGUAUCGACCUUUCUCAGCUUCAACCUGGAAAAAAUUCAAUCAUUGUUCAUCACGACUGACUUAAUCGCUCGAUUAAUCAUCGUUGGAUAGUAAUCGGGUAAUCUUGUGUAAUUCAAUCAAUUGUCCAAGUUGCGAAAAUGUUGAGGUCUAAAAGAAAGAGCAAGUCACCGUACGCCAGGCCAAAUGCUCAUCCGGCUCUCAGGGCCCUUAAUCCGGCAACCACAGCCACCCAAACCCAAGCAGGCCCGAGCAGGCCCACGCAGGCAGCGGUCCAGUUUGUGUCCACUCAACCUCAAAAUCAAGAGCAUCAGCUACCAGUCGAUGAUCCCACAACCAGUGAGCAGACUGCAGUACCGCUACCUUCCAUAGCGCCACCAAUCCCUCUAUCAACUUCAGGUGAAAACCCUUUAAUAAGCAUUUCUGAUGAGCUUGGGGUUCAUGUCCCUCAAACCAUCAAAGAUAAAAUAUGGUCAAAACAAUACAUUGAUCUGUCAAAAAUCAUCAAUUCAGAAACAGUUGAUACAUCCGCUCAGGAUUCGCACAAAUUUUCCAUAGUUGAGGGUCAGUUAGUUAUUGAACCAAAAACUAAAACAAACAAAAUUACAUCAAUUAACACCUGGCUUGAUGCGUUUUUGAUUUUCUCAAGCAUAUACCUGGCUAGACACCCAUCAGACAUACAGGGUAUCUUGAAAUAUAUCCACACAAUACGUUUAGGAUAUAGCCGUAAUAUAAAUAGCAAUUGGAUUGAAUACGACAGACAGUUUCGUCUCAAAAUGUCAAAAAACACAUCAAUUUCAUUUGGCUCUAUCGAUGCGGAGUUAUGGUUAUUGUAUAUGCAGGCUCAAGUUCAACAAGCUCCACAACAGUCAAAAUCUUCACUCAAAUGUUUUGAUUAUAACUUUAAAGGUUCCUGUCCCAAACCCCAGUGUUCAUUCCAGCAUAUAUGCAUGCAUUGCAACAAGUCACACCCACGCAUGCAUUGUUGGUCCUAUCAGUCGACCCAGACCCAAGUCAUCAGAUCCCCCCCUCCAAAUCCAGCACACCAAAAUUUCGCCCCGCAAAAUUACACCAAUUUUCGUCCCUUACGCCCAAGGCAUUAUCAGCUACCAAGACCAAGAUUUCAUGCACCUAGGUUCAACCCCAAUUAAGAUCUCCGUUUUAGAGCAAUACCUCGCUACAUAUCCUGAUAUUCAGAAUGCUCAAUUUUUAUUAAAUGGUUUCAAAUCCGGCUUU